AUGUCAAGGUAUAACGCCCGUGUAGUGAGGGACAUCAAGGCCCGAAUGGGCGUCAAGGACAACGAAAUACUUCGACGUGCUUACCUCUACGUCGCCCGUAACGAAACCUUGCCAGCGCAAGUCCGGCAUCAAGCCCAAUUGCAACUGAAUUCGUUCGACAAGUACACGCGCCCGACGACCGUGAAGAACAGAUGCAUCAUUUCUGGACGAGGCCGGGGUGUUAUGAGCGACUUUGGACUAUGUCGGUUCCAAUUCCGUCUUAAAGCUCUACGUGGUGAGCUCAACGGUGUCCAAAAGGCUUCCUGGUAA